CAUCUGCACACGCGCUCCUAGGUACCGGCGCUCACUUUCCAGGAGCUUUGCAGAAGCACCCGUUGCCUGCUGUGGCUGAAUCCGUGGCAGAGGUGGCCGUCCUCGUCCCACCAGCCUCCCCCUGCCCUACAAGAUGGUGAAGUACGGCCUCGACUACACGCGGUGCAGAUGGAUCCUACCCCUGCUCCUGGGCAUAGGCGUCAUCUUCGGUAUCAUUGCGCUGGCGGGCAGGGGCUGGCUGGAGUCGCAGACCUUGCCCUACGUGCACCAAGCGUCGUUAUGGGAGAGCUGCACCAGGCCUGGUCAGGGUGGGCCGUGGACCUGCGAGUCCCUCAUGGGUUACGCUUGGGGAAGAGCUGCGGCUGCCACAUACCUGGUCGGCUUUAUACUUCUAGUCAUCUGCUUUGCUCUGGCCAUCAUAGCAUUUGCCAUUGACACGCUUCGGUUCAACUUCAUACGCGGGAUCGGAGGCUUGCUUUUUGUCGCUGCUGUGUUCUCCAUCAUGGGCCUGGUCAUUUAUCCAGUAAAGUUCUCGAGUGAAAUUGAAAUGACAGGAAUCAAUAUGUUCAGCUGGGCCUACGGCUUUGGCUGGACCACUGCCAUUAUGGAAAUAUGCCUGGGAUUCUUCUUCUGCUGCCUUCCUAACUACGAAGAUCAGAUCUUGGGUAAUGUGAAGCCCACAUAUUUUUACUCUUCCCCAUAAGCACCAGGAAAAAUGUCUUCAUACUCCAGAGAUAUCUGACGGACCAGCUACGUUUUCCAGAAUAUCAUCAUUGGAUGUCAGUAGAAAAGGCUGGAAACUUUUCAAAUGCGUGUAGAAAAACGGUACUGGCAUUCUGCAAUAAAGUUAUCAUCUACUCUAUUUUGGACCUUCAUAUCUGAUGUGGGUUCAUUAGAUAAAGUCUAAACAUUAAAAAACCUUGUGUUUCCUCAUUCAUUCCCAUAAGUAUGGUGUAUGUGGAUUCCAUUGCAUCUUAAAUGCACUUAUAUUUUUAAUUAAAUUCAGAAAAGCUUUUUAAACUGCCGGUAAACAAAACAACAUAUAUCAUCCUCCUGAAGGAAAGCAGCUCGCAAAAAUCCCAUUUUGUAUGUAUCAUCUUACUUUACCCUGAAGAUUUUGCAUGUUUUUCAAGAAGCCAAAUGCCCUUAUCCACUGACUGCCAAAGCAGCCAAUUAAUCAGUCAACACUUCAUAGCUCUGCUUCCAUUUUUCAUUCAUUCACUUAAGCUGUAGGGGCAGGGUAAGAAAAAGACAAGAGAAAGCCCCCUACCAAAGCCAGCAUCUUGUCUAUUACCCAUCCAUGUGGAAUUUAAGUAUAUUGAAUAUUUGUAAGAGUAAGCAAAGACCAUCAGUAAACCCAUAAAUGCUGGGUUGGGACAUGCUGUUGUUGGGGCCAGCACAGGGUGGGCAAAGGCAGAGGGGAUUUCAAGCCACCCCUGCAACUACAGACCUGGUUCAAAGUGGCUCCUGGUGUGUCUUUCUUCAUGGGUAUCUGCCUCUUUUAUCUGCUGUAUCAAAAUCUAUGGCUUUAAAAAGCUCUGUUAUACUGGUCCAGCUCUUUUAUCCAGCAUAGAAGGGCCAGGAAGGACUUUAGCAGAGCUAUGGUUCCCCUCAGCAGACUAGGUACACACCAGGAGUGGAGCUGCAGCCGCAGGAAAGCAGGUAUCAAACAUUUGUUAAAAGGCUCCUUUUUUCAUUGGUUUGAUGUUCAUGAGUAUUUUAAAAGUGGGAAGUGUACACCGUCAUACGCAACUGUAAAAUGCAUCAAUACCCCUUACCAUCUCAUACUAAGGCUCUCAUACAGAAAACUCAGAUCACAAAACACCUUUCAGUAUCUUACACUCCACAGUGCUGCAAACCUGGAUACAGUGCAAGCAACAAAGUGUACUCAAGACUCUGCUGGUUUCUGCCUUGUUAAUCCUGAAUUGAUAAUGCUCCAUUUCUCCUCUUAAGUCAAAAAAUGGAUAAUUCUGCUAUGUUGAAAAAGAAGUCUCAUCAAAAUCCUUAGCUAGAGAGGAUUAUUACCUGUAACACAUUACAAUUUUGUAACUAUCUGUACUUUAUGAAAAG